UCCAGAGAGACAGACACACACAUGCCCCCACCACUGCCUUGCCGCCUUCUUCUUUCCCCCCGAAGCUUACAUCUAUUAUAUCCCCAGAUCCACUGCAGUCUGCCACUGCUACCAGCUCCAUCCCACCCCUCCCAUGGCGAUUUCUCCAACGCCUAUCCUCUUCUUCACUCUCUUCUUCCUCUUAAACUCCGCUUCUGCCAUGCAGCAGAAGACCUUCAUAGUCCGCGUUCUGCACGACGCCAAGCCCUCCAUUUUCCCCACCCAUAAGCACUGGUACGAGUCCUCUCUCCGAUCUCUCUUCCCCGCCUCCGCCGCUUCCGACCAAACCACUGGUCUUCUCCACACUUACGACACUGUUUUCCAUGGCUUCUCCGCAAAACUCUCGCCUGUGGAAGCCAGGAAGCUCGAGGGUAUGGAUGGUGUUGUGGCCGUCUUUCCCGAGCAGGUCCGGCACCUCCAGACCACGAGAUCGCCGGAGUUUCUUGGCUUGAAGACCACCGAUAAUGCCGGGUUGUUGAAGGAUUCUGAUUUCGGGUCCGAUCUGGUUAUUGGGGUUAUUGAUACUGGGAUUUGGCCGGAGAGGAAGAGUUUCAACGAUCGGGGGCUCGGUCCGGUCCCGGCCAAGUGGAAGGGCCAGUGCGUUGCUGGGAAGGACUUUCCGGCGACUCAGUGUAAUCGGAAGUUGAUCGGGGCGAGGUUUUUCUGUAAUGGGUAUGAAGCGACGAAUGGAAAGAUGAAUGAAACGACGGAGUACCGGUCGCCGAGGGAUUCCGACGGGCACGGGACCCACACGGCGUCUAUUGCCGCAGGAAGAUAUGUAUUCCCGGCGUCGACUCUCGGCUACGCUCGCGGCGUCGCGGCGGGGAUGGCUCCCAAGGCUCGGCUUGCCGUCUACAAGGUCUGUUGGAACGCCGGAUGCUACGACUCCGACAUCCUCGCCGCCUUCGACGCCGCCGUGGCGGACGGCGUCGACGUCGUCUCACUCAGUGUCGGCGGCGUUGUCGUUCCCUACUACCUCGACGCAAUCGCGAUCGGCGCAUUCGGAGCUGCGGAUGCCGGCGUCUUCGUCUCCGCCUCCGCGGGCAACGGCGGCCCCGGCGGCCUCACAGUCACAAAUGUCGCCCCCUGGGUCACCACCGUUGGCGCCGGAACCAUCGACCGAGACUUCCCUGCCGAGGUCAAGCUCGGGAACGGAAGAACCAUCCCCGGCGUGAGCAUCUACGGCGGUCCCGCCUUGCCACGUGGCCGGCUCUACCCUCUCGUGUACGCCGGCAGUGAAGGCGCCGACGGCUACUCCUCGUCGCUUUGCCUGGAAGGUUCUUUGGAUCCAAACGUUGUCAAAAACAAAAUUGUUCUCUGCGACAGAGGAAUCAACUCCCGCGCCGCCAAGGGCGAGGUGGUGAAGAAAGCCGGCGGCAUUGGAAUGAUACUCGCCAACGGAGUCUUCGACGGCGAAGGCCUAGUCGUCGAUUGCCACGUGUUGCCCGCCACGGCAGUAGGCGCCACAGCCGGGGAUUUAAUCAGAAAAUACAUCACAGACGCUUCAAAAUCAAAGUCGCCGGCAACGGCCACGAUAGUCUUCAAAGGCACUCGUCUCCACGUCCGGCCGGCUCCCGUUGUCGCCUCCUUUUCGGCCCGAGGACCCAACCCGGAGUCGCCGGAAGUCCUGAAACCGGACGUGAUUGCGCCGGGGCUCAACAUCCUCGCUGCCUGGCCGGACAAAAUCGGGCCCUCCGGACUCCAAUCCGACACGCGCCGGACGGAAUUCAACAUCCUCUCCGGCACCUCCAUGGCCUGCCCCCACGUAUCCGGCCUCGCCGCCUUGUUAAAAGCGGCGCAUCCGGAAUGGAGCCCGGCGGCGAUAAGAUCGGCGUUGAUGACAACGGCUUACACGGUGGACAAUAAAGGUACAACAAUGGUGGAUGAAUACACCGGAAAUGCAUCAACAGUGAUGGAUUACGGCGCCGGCCAUGUCCACCCGCAAAAAGCCAUAAACCCGGGAUUAAUCUACGAUCUAACAUCGUACGACUACGUCGAUUUCCUCUGUAAUUCCAACUACACCACCAAGAACAUUCAGGUCAUCACCAGAAAGAAAGCAGAUUGCAGUGGCGCGAAACGGGCCGGGCACGUCGGCAACUUGAACUACCCGUCUCUAACCGCCGUUUUCCAGCAAUACGGUCGGCACAAGAUGUCUACCCAUUUCAUCAGAACCGUGACAAACGUGGGCGACCCGGUUUCAGUAUACCGGGUCACAAUCCGCCCGCCGAGCGGAACCCUGGUGACGGUGCAGCCGGAGAAGCUGGUUUUCCGGAGGGUGGGGCAGAGGCUGAACUUCCUGGUGAGGGUGGAGGCCAUGAAAAUUAAGCUUUCGCCGGGAAGCUCCAACACGAAGAGUGGAUCCAUAGUUUGGUCCGAUGGAAAACACACCGUGACCAGUCCCUUGGUUGUGACAAUGCAAGAGCCCCUUUGAUUGAAAAUCUUAGGAUCUGGGGCUUGAGUUUUGGAAGGUUUUGGUUUUCUUUUCUUUGAUAUAUAUAUAGUCAGUAAGAGUGUAGUAAUGUGUUUUCUAUUUCAGAAAGCAGAGUUGUCUUCUGUUGUUAACGUUUGAAUGGGGAAGAUGCCCAUAAUAUAUAUAUCUCUCUCUCCAUCUUAUUGGUUGGUUCAA